AUGUCGACCUGUCCCACCGGUCAGGCAGAGAAGUUCAUUGAACAGGUGCCAGUGGUUGCUGUGACAACAACAGGAACUGGUAUGAGAGCAUUAACAGGUCUUUACGGCACCCUUUGGGGCCUCCAGAGAAUGAAGCUUUUGGAUUGUAUUUCAUAUAUAACUGGGUCAUCUGGAACCACAUGGACCAUGACAGAUUUGUAUGAAGAUAGUAACUGGUCAAAUAAAGAUCUUGGGGAAAUCAUUAUGCGAGCUCGGAAGCAAGCAGCCAAAUCUAAGAUGAAGGCCUUUUCCUUGGAAAGCCUGAAGGCUUACCACAAGGAGCUGUGUCAGCGGACCGUUGCAGGAUAUAAGUCUUCUUUUAUAGAUCUCUGGGGACUCAUGAUUGAAGCCAUGCUACAUGAUGGGAAUAAUAAUCAUAAACUCUCAGAGCAACAACAGGCAUUGAACAGAGGUCAGAACCCUUUGCCAAUCUACCUGGCACUCAACGUGAAAGACAACAUCGCCACAAAAGAUUUUAGAACAGAGUGGGUAGAAUUCACACCAUAUGAAGUAGGAUUUCCGAAAUAUGGAGCCUUUGUUCCUGCUGAAAAUUUUGGAAGCGAGUUUUUCAUGGGGCACAUGAUGAAGAAACUCCCAGAAUCAAGGAUCUGUUUUAUGCAAGGAAUGUGGAGUAGUGUAUUUUCCAAGAAUCUGUUAGAUGCCUGGCAUGCGGCAGACAAUUCAGAAGAUUUUUGGAACAGGUGGACCCAAGAUACUCUCACGGAGAUUGAUGAAGUGCCUGGUUUACCAGAGAGACCCCAUGAGAUGCCAACUCGCAUGUUCACUCCUGCAGGAGGUCUUUCCAAUGCUCUACGGGAUAUUUUAACGGAUCGUCCAGCAGUGUCCAAGUAUCACAAUUUUUUAAAAGGGCUCCAAAUGCAUAAUGAAUAUGUGCAGCAUCAACAUUUUUCUAAAUGGAAAGAUACAGUGCUUGAUGAAUCCCCUAAUCAACUGAAAGAUCCUACAGAACAUCUGGAACUUGUAGAUACAGCUUUCUUCUUUGAUACUAGUUGUCCUCCACUUCUCAGACCAGAGAGGAAAGUGGAUGUCAUUCUGCAUUUCAAUUAUACUGGAGGAUCACAAACCAAGCCUCUAGAACAGGCCUUCACAUAUUUCUCAGCGCAAGGAAUCCCAUUCCCCAAGAUUCUGCUAAAAGAUGAAGAAAAGAAACAUCCAAAAGAAUGCUAUGUAUUUGAAGAUGCAAACAAUCCUGAUGCACCCAUCGUGCUUUAUUUCCCACUAGUGAAUGACACCUUCCAAAGAUACAUUGCACCUGGCAUAGAACGUAAUGCAGCUCAAAUGCCACAGGGCAACGUUGAUGUCUCAAGUGUCUUUUCUCCAUAUUCUACAAGACAGGUCUCACUGCAGGAGGAGGAUUUUAACAAGCUGUUAAAUCUAACCAACUAUAAUGUCCAGAAUAAUGCAAACACAAUCUUGGAGGUUUUGCACAAGGUGGUAGAACGGAAGAAACGGGUUCAGUUAUCUCAGUCAUCUUCAUGA